AUGUCUUGGGCAGGCCCUGAGGAUAUUUACCUUUCGACUUCACUUGCCAGCUAUCUUGACAAGAAACUUCUUGUAUUGCUGAGAGAUGGUAGAAAGCUCAUGGGGACACUUCGCUCUUUUGAUCAAUUUGCUAAUGCAGUUCUUGAGGGUGCCUGUGAGAGGGUUAUUGUUGGUGAUCUGUAUUGUGACAUCCCUUUGGGUCUCUAUGUGAUCCGUGGGGAAAAUGUUGUUCUAAUUGGUGAGCUGGACUUGGAGAGGGAGGAACUUCCCGAACACAUGACACGUGUUUCUACAGCAGAAAUCAAGAGGGCACAGAAAGCAGAAAGGGAGGCUUCAGAUCUGAAAGGGACUAUGAGGAAAAGAAUGGAAUUUCUUGAUUUUGACUAG